AUGGGAUUCGUGGAUUUGUUCGUUGUGGCAUUGAUGCCGGUUCUAAAGACAUUGUUGAUCACUGCUGUUGGCUUAUUUCUUGCACUUGACCGCAUGAAUAUCUUGGGUGCAGUUGCACGGCACCAUUUGAACAAUAAACAGCUCAACAAACAAUACAAGCUUUUUGUGAGAAAAACAUCAAGCUCUAGCAGGGCCAAGGAUAUAUCUAUCCUCUUUGAGCUGCCUGAUAAGAAGGAUACCUCCAUACCAUUACCAGGGCUAGCUCUACUUGUAUUUUUUGUGUUCACUCCAGCACUUGUGGCGAGCAAUCUUGCUAAUACAAUUACAGAAAGCAGCAUAGUUUCUUUGUGGUUCAUGCCAGUGAAUAUCCUUCUCACAUUUAUCAUUGGUUCAGCACUAGGGUGGAUACUUGUAAAAGCCACUAAAACACCUCGACAUUUGCACGGCCUUGUAAUUGGUUGCUGUGCUGCAGGAAAUUUGGGGAACUUGCUCCUUAUUAUUAUCCCAGCAGUCUGCGAGGAGAAAAAUAGUCCAUUUGGAGAUUCAUCUACUUGCUCCACAAAUGGAGAGGCAUAUGCAUCCCUUUCAAUGGCGAUAGGGGCUGUUUACAUUUGGUCUUAUGUAUACAACAUUAUGCGGGCAAAAGGAAGCAAUAACAAUGGCUCUGAAGUUAGCAUAAAGCAUUCUAAUGAAACCUCAGAAUCAUUCAUAGAGUGUUGCACUGAAGAAUUAUUGCCAAAUGAUUUCCCAUCCUUCAAGGGAUAUGAAUCACAAGUUGAGAUAUCUUUCACUGGACCUGAACAUAAAACGAAGGUGCCAAUUACCAAGAUGAUUAGCCAGCGGGUGAAAAAUUUGGCAGAACAGCUCAACUUAAAGAUGUUGUUUGCACCCUCUACCAUUGCAACGAUUGUUGGGCUUAUCAUUGGAGUAGUCUCUCCAAUACGAAAGCUAAUGAUUGGUGAUGGUGCUCCUCUUCGUGUGAUGGAGAGUUCUGCAUCUAUUCUGGGGGAGGCAGCAAUCCCAUCCAUGACACUGAUUGUGGGAGCAAAUUUACUUAAGGGUUUAAGGAGCUCAGGGUUGAACAUGUGGCUCAUUAUAGGGAUUUUAGUAGUUCGAUAUAUUGCUUUGCCUCUAUUGGGUGUUGCUGUCGUUAAAGCAGCAUACCAUUUUGGGUUGGUGGGAACAGAUCCAUUGUAUCAGUUUGUUCUCAUGCUUCAAUAUGCACUUCCUUCUGCAAUGGCCAUUGGUACCAUUACCCAGUUGUUUGAGGUUGGUGAGAGUGAAUGCUCUGUUAUCAUGCUAUGGAUUUAUGCUGUGGCAUCACUCUCUCUCACACUCUGGGCAACCUACUUUAUGUGGCUGGUGUCUUGA